CCACGUCGAGGUUCGGUGGUUGGUUGUCGGUGAUUGCCAUAAUCGAUUUCUGCGAGAUCUGCGUGAAAGACACAUCCGUGUUGCUUCCCUUUUCUUUCUUGGUUUUUCCAUAACGAAGGAUGGCUGCAGAUCAUGCGGAGCACGACUCCGAAGCGUCCACCAAUUAGACGGCUUUAGUAAUAAUCUGCUUCGUGUUUCCUUUCCUUGCCAUAUUUUUCAUAUUUUUUUUUCUUUUCAAACCGCUCUUGUACAGCGCUUUUAGUCAAAUGACGAUGGCUGGCUUGCAGCUCAUACAUUGUUUCUGUUUGGCAAGGAAACGUAUUUCCGAAUAUUACAUAUCAGAGUGAAAGAAGAAGAAGAAGAAAAAACUUAGCAGCAAGAAGGAGAGGGGGAAGGAAAAAGAUUAAAAAGAAAAAGAAGCAGAAGAAGGAAAGAGAGAAGAAAAAAGGAAAACGAAAAGGAAAAGAAGCAGAAGCAGAAGGAAAGCAGAGGAAAAAAAAAGUUUAAGUUUGUUGCUGCUGCUGAAAUUCUAUUUCUAUGGCGACAUCUAGAAUCAUAACUGUUGGAAAUUUGCUUUACUGAGAAUGUUAUCGGCUCAAACAGCGAGCGACGAGGUCGUUACAACAACAUCUGAAUCUGAAUCGGUUGCAUAUGUUUUUAUUGUUGCCCUUCUCGGUCAAUACUCGGCUGUUUCUCGCCCGCAGAGAUCCACACACUGCUCUAUCCGCGCCCGCUUUACCUCAAUGCUCUUGCCCUUUCUAUGGAUUUUACUUAUGGACACUUUUCUCUAGCAGCUCUGUCGUUUGAGAGAUUAAUGUUUACAACAUCAAUCACUUAUCUAGCAGCGUAUUUGGUCAUUCAUGAAAGCAGGUAGAAGUUACCAUGGCAGAAUCCAUAGAGCGGCGUCCUCCAAAACCUUUACAAAAGCAGACAGAGUUCGAAGAGACCGAGGAUGACAAUAGCACCCAUAGCCCAAGCUCUGAUCAAUCUGACAACACCAUAACUGCUGGACCAGAUACCCCUGGAGUGCAGUCAUCAGGAGAGUCUCCGAAAUCAAUCUCUCCAGAUGACUACAAACCAACAUCUUAUGCAGAUCAAGAUGUUCAGCACCAUCAGAAACUGCAGCAUCCAGAACCAGUACAGAUUGUCAUUAAAAAUAUACGCUACCCACCACUUCAAACAAAAACUAAAUCUUUACGUCGCAGUGCUGCGCUAUGCUGUGAAACAGAUGAAGAUGGAUCUCCUCCCCCAGAAAACUACUCCACACACACUGGAGUUUCAAAUGAUUCGUUGCCACUACCUCAAACAACUGGUAGAAAUAGGCUUGAAGAAGAAGGUUCACAAAGCUCAGAGGCUGGUACCUCACUGAGUUCUUCAAGAGAUUCCAGUGUUGACAUACCAUACACUGAUUCAACUGGUAUAGACCUGGAAGAUUUCAUUAAGAAAACAUUAAAUAAAACACCAAAAGAUAGGAAAAUAUUACUUAAAUUAGAAACAGACCUCAUUAAAUUUGUAAAAGAACCUGAGCAUCUUUUUCUAAAGUUUCCUCCUAUGUCCUCAUAUGAUCGAAUGCUUGUCCAUCGGGUUGCAGCUUAUUUUGGUCUCGAGCACAAUAUUGAUCAAACAGGCAGAUGUGUCAUAGUGAACAAAACACCCAGUACAAGAUUACCUGAAUUCAGUUUUCAAGAACACAUACAUGACUCUGAUACCAAUGUAGGAAAAAAACAGAUACUAAAAAGAAAUGGAAGUUUGGAAGAGACCCACACCAUAGAGAAGCCCCACCUGUCCAGAUCAUCAAGAACCAAAUCUUUAGAAGAAAGGCUACAAGAAUAUAAUGAGACACGUGCACGGAUAUUUAAAUCUCCUCAAGCAUCAAUUGAAGAUCCACAGCUAAAUAUUAUGAGAAAGCUGUCUCGACCUGCUAGCUUAGGUGGCAGUAAGGAAGAUCUUGGUUCAAGACCUUGGAGCAGUACGGACUCCUCUAGUGGUUAUGGUACAGAUAGCUCAGUUAAAUCCAGAAUGCCAGUCACAAAAGCUGGUAGCUUUGGAGGCUUCUCUAGUUCUCAUAAUGUUAAGACUGGCAUCUACAGGGGUGCAAGUUUAUCAAAAACAGAUUCUAUUAGCAGCGGAACAUCCAGCUGUCUUGGAAGUCCAAUGCCAACUAUUCCUUGUACCCCUCCACGAAGUAGUGUCAGUCCACAUUUUAUAGGGAGCAGUACCGCAUCAGCUCCUCUUCAAUCCCCUCUGCAAACUAACUCUGCAGGUGUGUCAUCACCAGUGCAACAAACUAAACCCCAGUACUUUUUGGUGGUGUCUGGUUAUGAAUCCAUUCCGGCAGGAAGCAUGAUAAUAAAUCCUCGGACAGGUCAGGUUUAUCUGAAUGCAGAUGGGACUAUCUACAGACACAAUCCCAAUCAAACUCUUCCUGCAUCUGUUUCUUUCAGUCCUGCUGGACCUCCUAUCUUUUCUCAACACCAAUUUGUCAUGGAUGCUCGACAAUAUCCUGAUUCCAAUGGAAUGACUGAAUUAUCACAACAGUUAGGAUCAGUAAGUUUGAGUCAGCAACAACAACAACAGCAACAGCAGCAGCAGCAGCAACAGCAGCAACAACAACAGCAGCAACAACAGACUGAUAGUCUUAAUGAACUACCUGGUGCAUCGAGGCAAAUUUUAUACGGUAAUUCCACUGCUACAAACCAAGUACAAACUAGUUGUACUCAACCUACUGCUGCAUAUCAACAGGGCUACCCAGCUACUCAUGGUGUCAGCGGACAAGCUUUCCGCUACAUGCUUCCAGUUCCUCUUCUCUCAUCUGGCCAACAACAAGGUCAGAAUCCUACUGCUGUUGCUAUAGAUAGCCAAUCAGCAGCUGGUCAACCUGGCUCUACUAACGUAGGGCAGUAUCAUCAACCCUUUAUUACAGGGGUGCCAAGCUACCCUUACCAGUCAGUCACAUCACCACCCAAUACUGAAGCUUACCCAAACUCCAAUUAUGCCCCACAGCCAACUGUCGGCCAAGUUGAUUCUGCAAUACCAGGUUAUACCACUUGCCCAUCUAGUUAUCCAUCCUAUGGACAAAAUAACUACACCCCUCAAACUCCACAAUAUUAUACAAUGGCUGCGUCUAGCCCACAAAUAGGUUAUAACUUCAAUAGUACUGGAACAUAUCGACCCACCACACCUCCUAGUCAAGCUCCUGUAUCCACUUCAAAUGUACCUUUGAAUGUUGGACCACCAAUUAGUAUUGGACAACCAACUGGAAAUAGUCCUACCGCUAAUGCUACACAACUACAAAACCAAUAUGUUCCGUAUAAUUAUCCUCACUAUGCUCCAGCCCAACCACCUCGUGCACCUAAUACUCAAAUAAUGCAGUUUUCCACAACCCAAGUUCAUCCAUCAGCUCCUCAAUCAUACCCGGUGAUGAGGCCAAAUAUGCAAAUAAAUGUGCCCUUGCCACCUACAGCUGCAGCAGCACCCCCACCCCCCAAUAAUCAGAGCUCUGCUACAGCCCUAGCAGCUCAACCAAUGCAUACUACUCCAAUCUGCAUCAAGAAUUUCACCGAUCUCAGCCGACUGCAGUCAAAGGUUGCCUCAGGUAGCACCAGUUGUGGAGGGGAAGCAAAUAGUAACAGUGGGCCCCCCUGUGGAAAUAUGGACUCUGCACUGUCUGAGCAUACUCAUGUUUGUAAUAAGGAAUUUGUUAAUAAUACAGCUAAUGUUGCUGCACCUGGUACUGGAACCAUGCUAAGAUCAAAUACUGCGGAUUCUUUGCGGUUCAUUAGUCCAUCAGGAUUCCGCCCACAAGUUCAACCUUUACCAUUGAAUCAUCAACGAACUCGUCCUCCAAACUGCCAGUAUAACAGCAGCUUUGGGGUUGUUGGUAACACUAAUAACUCUAUUGGAAAUAAAGUUAAAAACAAAAAAUCACCACGUGGUAUUAGCAAAGACUGUUGCACAGGGAACCAAUCAUCUACUGGUAAUGACGCAGACUCAAGAGGGAAUGUUGCAGGAAGUAAUGUUUUGGAAGUAUAUGAUCUCUGUCCAAAGCUUCGUCAAGGAGAAGUUGAAAAACUAUUAAAAGAUUUGACCUGUCAGGGGGUCACCCUACAUUAUGUCCCACAUGAUAGCAGUCAGCUUUCUAACACCGACACAAGCAACCUGCAAGUUUCUGAUUGUAAAACUAUCCUGGCAAUAUUCCCUAAUGCACUGUGUGCAACUCAUGUACUUCAGAGCAUCCCGAGUGGAAGAUAUAAAUUAAGGUCAACAGUGUCCAGAGACUCUAUUGGUCAAAAAUCUGAACGAUAAGAAAGAAUACCACGUUUAUUUUUAUAGGAUAUCUUAAUAUUUUAUUUAAGGAGAGAGAAAAUUUUGGAUGUUUUUUUUUUGUUUUUUUUUUCCAUAGUUCAUGCACAGACUUACUGAAAUCAUUCACUCAAGACCAAAUCAAUUACACUCUGUCUAGAAAAUCAUUUCUAACCCUUUAUCCCUCUACACUAUUUUAUCAAAAUCUUGUUUUCAACAUUUUAGUUUAUUUAAAAUGCAGACAGAAGAUAAGAGAGAGGAAAAAAAAAAAAAAAUGUAUUUUCACCAAUUCCAGUAAAUUGAUUGUUGACACCUUAUUUCUCAGUUGUGAUAUUGUCUGUGUACAUACUUUCUGUACAUAUCAAUUUCCUGAACCUCGUAGAAAGGAUACUGCUUCCAGUCUGAGUGUCAAUGGCUAAGAUAGCUGCACUCGGCACUGCCAGCUACUGUUGGAUACUGCUAAUUCUCUAUAACUUCCUACUAUAUUUCUCAUUCAGUUCUCUUCUCUGGUCUUACUGUAAGUCUCUCUCUCUCUCUCUCUCUCUCUCUCUCUCUCUCUCUCUCUCUCUCCUCUCUCUCUCUCUCUUUCUCCCUCUCUCCCAUUCUUUUUCUAUCACUCUCACUCUCUCUCUCUCCCACUACUAUUAUAAACUUCUCAUUGAUAAGAAAAUAUUGUUAGAAGCAUCUCUUUAAUCCAUCCAUUUAUUUGUUAUUGUUUUUGUUGUUGUUGUUGUUUUAUGUAUUUCAUUCUCCUUUAUUUUAGAUCGUCUUUUCUAAUGGCCUCCCAUCUACCUCCCCUAUUCCCACCCAAUCAUCUAUCAAUUCUUGAGUCAUUUUCUGCUGGCAGUACAAGGCAUAUAGAUUGUUAAAUUGGUUUCAGUGAUUUGAGAAGCAAAGAAACUUUGCAAGAUAUAUAUAGGGAUAUGGGGGAUGAAAUGAGAUAGAAAUAUACCUUUUGUUCCUAGUUGUUAAAAAUUUAGAGUCAAAUAUGUUGAAACACUGAAAUUCACUCACCUGAUCUUUCUGUUUAUCUCUUUCCAAUAUGUGGUGUACUAUUUAUACAUUCAUAAGUAUGCCUAUGUACAACACUCUAUCAACUGCACACAAUGAUACACACAUUGUUUAACCACCCACUACCCACCCACUAUUAAGUUUGAAUCUCAUUGAGUGUGUGUGUUUGUGUGUGAAUAUGUGUAUUGUAUGUGCAAAAAAGAAAAGAAAAAGAAAAAAGAUGUACAACUAGUUGGUAAAAACUCAAACUAACUGCUGGGAACUAACCAACAAUAACCACUAGUAAUGCUCUGCUCUGCUGGUCAACAAACUAGUCAUAUAUAAAAAAAAUGACUACUCUAACCCAUUCCCUAAUUUCAAAUCACAGUUGUUAAGAAGAGAGACUUUUUACUGACUUUCUGCAGAUGUUGUUUUCCAAUCCCCAUCCUUAGCACUCACAAUCCUCCCUAAUUACCCAUGAGUCUCUCUAUUUAGGUUUAGAAGGCAGAAGAACCCUCCUCCCAAAAGCCUUACACACAUUCAUUGUGUUGAAAUGUUGUCAUUAAAAUCUGUAAAAUAAUCUCAAAAA